UUGCAUUCUCAUCCGGGAUAUGCAGCUGUUUACUCCCUACUUCCGGUUUGUUCUCGUCAAACUUAAAGGCCUACUGAAAUGAGAUUUUAUUAUUUAAACGGUGAUAGCAGGUCCAUUCUAUGUGUCAUACUUGAUCAUUUCGCGAUAUUGCCAUAUUUCUGCUGAAAGGAUUUAGUAGAGAACAUCGAAGAUAAAGUUCACAACUUUUGGUCGCUAACAUUAAAGCCCUGCCUUUACCGGAAGUCGCAAACGAGGACGUCACGGGUUGUAGGGCUCCUCACAUUGUUUAUAAUCAUAGCCACCAACAGCUACAGCGAUUGGGACCGAGUAAGCAUCAAUUUCCCCAUUCAUUUGAGCGAGGAUGAGGAUAAUGAGAGUGAAGGACUAGAAAAAAAAAAAAAAAAAAGACGAGGGCAGUGAGAGCGAUUCAGAUAUUUUAGACACAUUUACUAGGAUAAUUCUGGAAAAUAUCUUAUCUGCCUAUUGUGUUACUAGUGUUUUAGUGAGAUUAUAUAGUACCUGAAAGUCGAAGGGGUGUGGUGACCGCCAGUGUCUCCGUGGGAAGCCACGCAGCAGCAGCAGGACGCAAGCUCCGCUGAUGUCUAUGUAUGUGGUUAAAGCCACAGCUGUUUUAGAAUGAGGAGCCCGUCUCAUCGCACCAGGGACAUCGAGCGUCAGGCUGGCUACCUGAAGCCUGAACACUGCGCCCCUCCCCCUCCCCAGGGCAGCUCCGGCACCAUGUGGUUCAUCCGCGACGGCUGUGGCAUCGUGUGCGCCGUCAUCACCUGGCUGCUGGUUUUGUAUGCAGAGUUUGUGGUCGUGUUCGUGAUGCUCUGGCCCGCCAAGAGCCUGGCGUACAGCCUCUUCAACGGCGUGAUCUUCAACAGUUUGGCCUUCCUCGCCCUCGCCUCGCACGCCAAGGCCAUGUGCACUGACCCGGGAGCUGUGCCCAAAGGAAACGCAACCAAAGAAUUCAUCGAAAGCCUCCAGCUCAAACCAGGACAGGUGGUCUACAAGUGUCCUAAAUGCUGCAGCAUCAAGCCUGACAGGGCUCAUCACUGCAGUGUGUGCAAACGUUGCAUCAAAAAGAUGGACCACCACUGUCCUUGGGUCAACAACUGUGUCGGGGAGAACAAUCAGAAAUACUUUGUGCUCUUUACGCUGUACAUCGCGUUAGUAUCCUUCCAUGCAUUGGCCAUGGUGGCGUUCCAUUUUGUUUUCUGCUUCGAAGACGAUUGGUCAAAGUGCAGCACCUUUUCUGCACCAGCAACUGUCAUUCUGCUCAUCCUGCUGUGCUUCGAGGGGCUUCUGUUCUUAAUCUUCACCGCCGUCAUGUUUGGGACACAGGUUCACUCCAUUUGCAGCGACGAGACAGGCAUCGAGCAGCUAAAAAAAGAGGAAAGAAGAUGGAUCAAAAAGUCCAAGUGGAUGAACAUGAAAGUGGUGUUCGGUCACCCGUUCUCCCUUGCCUGGCUGAACCCGUUUGCCACACCUGACCACGGCAAGGCGGACUUGUACCAGUACAUCGUGUGACCAGUAAGAACUCUUCAUACGGUGACUACUCUGCUCCAACCAUAUUUACCAAUGACAUUUCAAAUGAAAUACAAUUUGCAAAAACCCGCCACUAUGGUACCUCCCUCUUGCUGCCGCACGCCAUCAGUGACGUUUAUUAUUGGGAAGCUGAAGAUUAUUGUCUUAAAAGUCAUCCACUUUCUCUGCGACACUGAUGUAUUAGGACCAGUGGUUCGAUUUGAGUAAAGGUGGUCCCCAGAUUGUAAAAUGUAGUUUAUUUUGGGAACAUUUGAGUAUUAUGGGGGUCAGCAGAUGCAAGGAUGCUGCUGUUUCAAACUAAAGUCAUGAAGAAGUAAGCACAUUUCUGGUUAGCAGAUGCUUGUUAACUAAGUUUAUUAACAAAAAGAUGUGAUAAUGUGAUGUUGACCUAAGAAAGGAAACAAUAGCUCGAUUGUUCUUUUCUUGCUGGAAAGGAAAAAACAAACUGGUGAGAAACAGGAUAAUGUCGCUCUGUUUUUGACAGUUGGUGAAGUGUCAGGCAACAUUACCUUUGAUGUAUGAGUGUCCCCGUGCGAGAGUAUCUCGGUAAUCCUCCCUAAGGCCUUAAGAGUCGCGCUGGACAGGUUGUUUUUUGUUCAUCUGCUUUGCCUUGCACUUUUGCCUCUCAAUCUGUGCACCUUGGUUCGUAAAAAUGAGGGCGGAUCCAGGCGGGUUACCUUAGCAACGCUGUAAUGACCACAUAUUGACCACUGACUACAGCAAUGAGUCCCGCCAAGUAAGCUGUAGUGAUGGGAAAAUGGCGCCUCGAUGAGCGUGUGGUACACUCACUAGCUGUAUUGACAAUGUGUUGCUGUUUCAUACUGGCACCAUUUGCUGGAUUAAAAACACUACAUAUGACUUGCAAAUAAAAUUAGGAAAUAUAUUGGUUUUUUUGGGUUUUUUUUUAGAAUAGCUGCCAGAAAGAAGUACGAAACUUGCAACUCUGGUCAAUGAGCCAAAAAGUCAACGGGAAAAUAACUUAUUCGGUGUGAUAAGAUUAAACUGAUCCCGCAUUUUGGAAUUUUUCCCAACAUCUAGUACGCAGUUUGGCACCUCAGAGUCUAAUGUAAUGGUCACAGUUUUUUCUUAAAGUGACACAGAUCGUGGUAUCAUUUGACACCGUGUCACUCCUAGUGUUUUAGAAUGCUUCGGUAUCAUUUGAGUCAUCGCUAAGCAGGCCACUUCCUGCGCCAUGGUGCUGUGAACGCACCUUUAGCACGAGCCUGAAGUUCCCUGACUUUUUUUUUUUUUUUUCACAGUAAUUGAAUUAUUUACAAAUGGGAGUAAGCACGCCACCAAUUAAAGAGUUGAGACCGAAAAAUAUGAAUAAAUGAUAUCAGUAUGUGAUCACGUGAUCUUAACCAGGCGGAACAAGAAGCCUUACCGCUUAAAAUACGUCAAGUUCAGACUGAAAUGUUUCUGUGUGAUUUGACUGAGUACACGCCAUUUGAAAUAUGAUCAUGUCAAAAAGUGGAACUUUUGUUAUUUGAACUUGCUUGUUGCCAACUUUUGAGUGUUUUAUAUAUGAAAUAAAGUGGACGGCAAAGUAACUGUCUCGGUUUCAGUGUAGACCUGUUUUCCAAAAGAUAAUGUUUGGUUUUAAAUGAGGAGUUUAUGCAUCUGCAAUAUUAACACCAGCUGUUUUCUUCAUUCAGUAUAUUAUGUCAAGAAUUCUAUUUUAAUACUUUAUGUAGGAAUAGCUUUUAUAAUGUAUUGAGAAAAUAAAGUCAUGUGGAGACUG